CGCAGUGACACCCUCAGCUACUAGCAUGUGCACGUCGAAUUAAACCAUUAGUUUGUGUUAAUGUUCAUAAAAGCAGAGAAUCUAUUACUGAACAAUCUUGACAGUUAUUGUUGAUGUUAUCACGAUUAAACGCGAUAUCUUUAGAUAAAAAUAUCUCAAGCACAUAAGAGUUAUUCCUAGUUAAAAGAAGCUGUAUUGUAAGUGUUUUCAUUUGAAUAAAUACUAGUUAUAUUAUAAACAUAGGAUUGGAUAGACCGGACGCGGCUAGCUGUAUAAUUCACAAAGUAAGCACCAUGUCUAGAGUGAUAGGGCUGGGCAAGGCGGCGUUACGCAAGUACCCCCUGAUGACCAACACGGCUGUGUACGCCACCUUCUACACGGCGGCGGAACUGUCGCAACAGACCUUCAACAAAUAUAAUUCGCCAGAAAAGCCGGAGAUAGACUAUGCAGCGGCGGCGCGUAUCGUGGCUGUCGGCAGCUGCGUCUACGCUCCUACCCUGUAUUAUUGGUAUAAGUUCCUAGACUCGAAGUUCGUAGGUAAAGCGAUGAAGACGGUGGCCACGAAGGUGGUGAUCGACCAGUUCACAAUGACCCCGGUCCUACUAGCCAGCUUUUAUGUCAUACUCGGCUACUUAGAAGGCAGAGCUAACGUCUUUGAAGAGCUAAAAGAAAAGUACUGGAUGACUUUCAUCGCCAACCAGUGUUUCUGGAUCCCUGGUCAGACUAUCAACUUCUACUUCAUGCCUCCUCAGUUGCGGAUCGUCUACAUCUCAUCUGUUUCUUUUAUUUGGAUCAAUGUGCUUUGCUUCAUCAAGAGACAGAAGAUGAAUACUAGCCGUGAAAAGGAUCUAUGAGAAAGAAUUUAGCGGGAAUUUGAAGGGAUAAAAAAAGUAUUUAGAAAUAAUUAGGCUUAUACGAAAAAUGUUUCUGGCCUGUUUGCUGUAUUGCAUGUCUAAUGAAUUAUUAAUUAGUAAAGUACCAUUAAUUAUCUACCCAGAGCACUUUGAAGAACAUUCGAUUGACGGGCAUUUAUAUUUUUGAUAAUGUUAUAUGCAUAUUAGGUAGUUAAGUACGUUUCUAUUAAUUAGUUUAAAUAGUAGAACAGGUCCUAGUUUUUUACUCAAAGUAUUUAUUGUACGUAAUCCUAUACAGUG